AUGGCUGGUUCGGACUCCGCAGUAGACCAUACGGAGAAGUCUCUGGUCCAGACAGCUAGAGCAUGGGGCGAGAACGCCUUCCCGCCUACUCUACUGGCCUCUCUUAUCACCGCACAGCACAUGCGCCCAUUCCAACCACUGCCUAUGCUAUUCCCUCCUCUCCUUCUCUUCUCGAGCUAUGCCAACCUUCAAGGAUUCAAAACCGACACUGCGGGUAUUAGCGCCGCCUGGUCUGGGCUCUACCUCCUGCUUGCGGGGCGGCGCAAGCAGCCGUUCAUGAAGAAAUGGGGCGCUCGGGGCAUUGUGCGCGGCGUGACCAUGGGUCUUUGCUUGGUCAACAUGGUGAGUGGGGGACUUGCCUACACCCUGGGCAAGCGGGAAGAAGACGAAGAAUAG